AUGGCGAGAUCUCGAAAGGUGUUGAGCAGCUGCUUGAUUCAAAUUACGGCGUUCUCUUGCUUGUUUUUUAUGGCCAUAUCACAGCUUUCGCCGGAUUUCUAUAGAGAUAUUUGCCCACAGGCAUUGCCUACCAUCCGACUUGUUGUCUACGCUGCCAUUUUUAAAGAACCGAGAAUGGGCGCAUCUCUUCUUCGGCUACACUUCCAUGAUUGCUUUGUAAAUGGUUGCGAUGCUUCAGUACUACUAGAUGACACACAGAGUUUCACAGGAGAGAAAACAGCCGGUCCUAAUAACAAUUCAUUGAGGGGCUUUGAUGUUAUUGAUGAGAUCAAAGCUGCUGUUAACUUGGCAUGUUUUGGAAAUGUUGUCUCCUGUGCUGAUAUUCUUGCCGUUGCUGCUCGUGAUUCUAUUGUUGCUCUAGGUGGAUCUCCUUACGAAGUUCUACUCGGCCGUCGCGACGCCACGACUGCAAGCCAAGCCGCCGCGAACAACGACCUCCCCGCCCCCUUCUUCGACCUACCCGCCCUCGUCUCCAACUUCGACUCCCACGGCCUCAGCCUCCAAGACCUCGUUGUCCUCUCCGGUGCCCACACCCUCGGCUUCGCCCGCUGCCUCAUCUUUCGAUCGCGCAUAUACAACGAAACCUCCACCAUCGAUCCUGCCUUCGCCCGAUACUUACAGGCGCAGUGCCCGCCAUCCAACGGCGGAGGCGACGACAUUCUCGCAUCGUUCGACGACUCUCCCGCCCGCUUCGACGCGGAUUACUUCGACGCCUUGCGGCAGAGUCGGGGGGUUUUGCAUUCGGACCAGCAGCUCUUUAGUGGAGAUGGUGGCGAGGCGGACUCCCUGGUUAGUUAUUAUAGUGAGAAGAGGGAAGCGUUUUGGGAGGAUUUUGGGGCUGCUAUGGUUAAGAUGGGGAGUUUGAGUCUGCUUACGGGUGGUGAUGGGGAGAUUAGGGAGAAUUGCAGGUAUGUGAAUGAUGCUAAUUGAUUGCUCUUUUGAGAGGAUAGAAUUGGUUCUCCAUGUUUUCAAACAUUCAUUAUGACAGAAAUGACUGAUCUGUAGAUGAAAGUAUAUAUAUAUAUAUAUAAAUCCAUAAAUAUUUUUUUGAGAGAAUUGUUGCAAUUUCCAGUAAAAACCAAAAGCACAACAAUAAAAA